AUGCCUGGGGGAGGCAGAGGUCGCGUGGCUGCAGCAUCCCUGUGCCUGGCCUGGGCGCUCUCGGUGGCUCUAGCCUCUGACCCUCAGGUAGUAGCAAGUGGCAGAGGAAGGAGGGCAGACUGGACUCAGGAAAAGUAUUUCCACCGUCCAACCAUUUUAAACACAACUAUUAUUGAAGAAGUCGCCGCAAACACAGAUGUAAAUCAAAUGUGGCAGUAUGACCUGCUGCCGAUACUGAUCGAGAGAUAUCCAGAAUCACCAGGGAGCUGGGCUGUGCGUCAGCAUAUCAAGCACCGUCUGCAAGGACUACAGGCUGGCUGGAUGGUUGAAGAAGACACCUUUCAGAGCUACACUCCUUAUGGGUACCGCACGUUUUCAAAUAUCAUCAGCACCCUCAACCCCUCUGCUAAACGCCAUUUGGUGCUUGCUUGCCAUUAUGAUUCCAAAUACUUUCCACCACAGUGGGAUGGCCAAGUGUUUGUUGGCGCUACUGAUUCAGCGGUUCCCUGUGCUAUGAUUCUUGAAUUGGCACAUUCCCUGGACAGACAGCUUCAUUCUCUUGAGCAGGCCGUCUCGAAUGGGACGCCGGAUCUCUCCCUGAAGUUAAUUUUCUUUGAUGGCGAAGAAGCAUUCGUGCGGUGGAGCCCUUCUGAUUCUCUGUAUGGCUCUCGGCACUUGGCCAGGAAAAUGGCAGCAACACCACAUCCUCCGGGUGCCACAAAGACAAAUCAAAUUCAGGGCAUUGAUCUUUUUGUGCUGCUGGACUUAAUUGGUGCUCGAAACUCAGUUUUCCCAGUUUACUUCCUGAACACUGCUCGCUGGUUUAGGAGGCUUGAAGCAAUUGAGCAAAACCUUCAUGAUUUGGGUUUGUUGAAGAAACACCCCUCUGAAAGGCAAUAUUUCCGUGGUGAAUUACUAAAAGGACAGGUAGAAGAUGACCACAUUCCAUUUUUAAGAAGAGGGGUGCCAAUCCUUCAUUUGAUACCAGAUCCUUUUCCUAAAGUGUGGCACACCAUGGCAGACAAUGAAGAAAAUCUCGACAAGCCAACCAUAGACAAUCUCAACAAAAUUCUACAGGUCUUUGUGCUUGAAUAUCUCAACAUGUCUUGACAAUGUCCUUGGUGCCACCAAAUGGAUGCUCAGUCUUAAAUACUACCCCAGU